AAAACGCGCGUUCGAAGAAAGAACACCGCUCGUAUUUGAUUCACGGUAUACCAAUACCAAAAUCGACAACGGUGUCGUUGAUAUCGUUCGAACGCGCGUGACAAAGUUGAAUAAACGCAGGGUGUGCGUCACAGGUGUGGGAUCUCUUUGAAGAUUUUCAUCGGAGACGGAUGUUUGAAUCAUUGAGAGAGUUCGCGUCGCCUCGUCGUUCCUAACCUAAAAAGUCGAAAUGGCCGAGACGGAGCAAGAUUUAGGAGAUCGUGCUGACAACGACAAUUUAAAACCGGAUAAACUGUUUAUCUUAAAAAAAUGGAACGCCGUGGCCAUGUGGAGCUGGGACGUAGAAUGUGACACUUGCGCGAUAUGUCGAGUUCAAGUAAUGGAUGCGUGUCUCCGGUGUCAAGCGGAAAGCAAAAAGGACGAUAGCCGACAAGAUUGCGUCGUAGUUUGGGGAGAAUGCAAUCAUUCGUUUCACUACUGUUGCAUGUCUCUUUGGGUGCAACAAAACAAUCGUUGUCCAUUAUGCCAACAAGAGUGGUCCAUUCAACGAAUGGGAAAAUAACCAAACCAAAGGAGCGAGAUAUUAACCACAGUCUCUUUAUUUCCUUUAUCCAUUGUUUGUUCUCAUUCUCUAUCCCCCCCCCUCUCAUACACCACAUUUUCUACGUUUUUUCCAUUCUUCCUCUUCAAGUACUUCCUUUUUUUCCCCCGCUACCGUCCUUCAAAUUAUGCGCCUUAAAACUCGAAUUACGUAACUACAAAAUCAUCCUACUUGAUCAAAGGUGGAAGAUGCUUGAACUUAGGAUCGUAUUAUAGCAGUCAGUUUCAAAUUCGAUCAAAGUACGAAAAUAUGCGCUUAAUACGUAGGAAGAAAAUCUUUUUUGAUCGCCUCUAGUCGAAUGAUAUCAAAUUAGUGAAUUUAACCUGUCACUAGAUAAGUUUAGAGGGUGGAACUUUUAAAAUUAGACUAUUGUUAAUUGCAUCGAUCAGUUGCAAACAGCGAUAAAAAAUUUCAAAGUGCGAAGUGCAUUUCGUGCUCGUGUAUCCUUAUCUGUUAUAAGAUAAUGCGAUUACUUUAUUUUUAAUAUCUGUCGAUAUCUUAUUUAGUUUCAAUUCUGUUACAUCAUAAAUAAUGCUAAAAAUUAUCAGUAGAUAUCGAAAGAAAAGAAGAGGGUUCAAUGUCCAUGCUUCGAGUUACGCAAAUAUUCUUGACUAAAAUAGUGUUCUGCCGUGCGAGCUAACGAUUCUCAUACCUCAUUCGUUUGGAUUAUUUUUAAAUAGUUAUGUCACCUCUAUAGAACUUUUGCGAAAAAUCCAUUCGAUUGAGUUUACUCUAAAGUGCUGUUAUAUCUUUAAUGCUCUACAUUGCCUGUAAUAAAAGCCGAGAUAGACUAAUUCGCUGGUAUUAGGUUCAGUAUCGACGGUUAAACAGAAUUCCGACGAAUUCGGAAAAUUUCGCGACAUAAUACGAAACGGGGUGUACUACGACGUGGUACGACUCGACUAGCACGUAAUCACCACAAUCCGGCGCUCGAAGGUCGCUCCUUUCUUCUCUUCUUCGUUCGUAACCUGUUCGUUUCUACUAUCCCCGUCUGGUUCGUCUUGGAUCUUUCUUUUUUGUUCCCCUUCCUCCUUGUCAGGGCACUCGCCACCGUGUCGAUUGUCCAUUCUAUCGUUGCCUGGCGUUACGUGUCGUCACGACUACGGAGGCUCGUCUGGAGGCUCGACCAAUCGGAUAGUAGAAGGGUAUAACAGCGCUUAUAUUUAUGACCUCGCAGUUGCCGUCACCUCUCGUGUUCCUUUUUUCUUCCUCUUCUAUACCCUCGCGCUCUCUGCUCCCUGCUAUCCUCUAUCCCUUCUUGAUCCUCCUGCCUCCGGCGAGUCUUUCUUUCUUCCUCUACCAUCGUUACGAACCUACAUAUACUAUACGUAACAUACACACACAUGUACGACUAAUCUCUCCUACUCUUUUAUGCCACCAUUUUUUCUCCUUCCUCUGACUAUUUCAACUUGCGUCUAUUUCUUAUAUGGAAUUUACGUGAUUUUUGAAAAUUUAGACGACACGAUAAUAUAAUAUUUCAAUUUUAAUUUUUCGUUAAAAUUCUUAAUCGAUCGAUCAAUCGAUCGGUAAUAUCAAAUGUAUCUGCAAUGUUAUAUAUAACCUCACCAUGCUCGGCUAUUGUUACGGUAGGCAAUAAUGGUUUUACAAUGUUUACGUAACGACUACUAAUAAUAUUCUCUAUUUUCGUCCAAUUUUUUCCAUAUUAUAUUUAUGUGGGAAUUAGCAUCGUCGGCGUUUAUCGUUGAAAUUAUCUCACUUGUUAUUUAAGGACAUCUACAUAUAUUAUUGAUAAAAAUAAAGUUUCGUGAUUACAAUAAUGUUUAGCACGAAGUAAUAUGAUAUGUUAGGUCGUGCUAAAUUGUGAAAGAUACGCGAUUUAGCAAGGAAUAAAAUGAAAUAGAAUUA